AGGAGAGUGGACACUUGGAAUGUAAGAUUCUGAGGCCAUGAUUUUGAGCGUACAAGAUUAUGAGGCCAUGUUUCUGGGGAAAUGGCAUGAUGACUGACCAUGGCAGGGUCAUCAUACGUUGUUUGAGUGGCUUUUGCUGGGCAGGGGCGGCGUUCGGGAGAUGAUCAGACCAUAAUUUCAGGGACAAUAAUAAUAAUUAUCCGCGCGGGCGCCUCUCAACACGCCGCGUUGGACUUCUCUCUACUACUGGACCUCCGCAACGACAAUGGGUGUGUUGGCUACUGUUACUGACGCCGUUUCGGUGCACCUGGGCGACAAGCCUCUUUGGCUCGCCGUCUCGAUCGUCGCCGGCGCAACUCUCACUCUCGCCAUCGUCCUCAAUGUGCUCUCACAGCUGCUGCCCGUCCGCCGCAAGGGCUCCGACCCACCACUCGUCUUCCACUGGGUGCCCUUCAUUGGCAGCACCGUGACCUACGGCAUUGAUCCCUACAAGUUCUUCUUCAAGUGUCGCGAACAGUACGGCGACACCUUCACCUUCAUCCUACUCGGCAAGAAGACCACUGUCUGUCUCGGCACAAAGGGCACCGACUUCAUCUUGAACGGCAAGCUCAAGGAUGUCAACGCCGAAGAAAUCUACAGCCCCCUGACCACUCCCGUCUUCGGCACCGAUGUUGUCUACGAUUGCCCCAACUCGAAGCUCAUGGAACAAAAGAAGUUUGUCAAGUUCGGUCUGACCACAGAAGCCCUCCGCUCCUACGUAUCGGUCAUUGCCGCAGAAACAAAGGACUUUGUCGCAAACUCAAACUGGUUCAAGGGCAGCGCUGGCGACCUCAACGUGCCCAAGGCCAUGGCCGAAUUGACCAUCUACACUGCCAGUCGCUCGCUCCAGGGCAAGGAAGUCCGCGCAAAGUUCGACAGCACCUUCGCCGACCUGUACCACGACCUCGAUAUGGGCUUCACUCCCAUCAACUUCAUGCUUCCCUGGGCCCCUCUGCCCCAAAACCGCAAGCGUGACGCUGCUCAGCGCAAGAUGACGGAGACAUACAUGGAGAUCAUCAAGGCUAGACGUGACAGUGGCAAGACGGAGCCCGAAGAUGGUGAGACGGACAUGAUCUGGAACCUGAUGAACUGCGAAUACAAGUCUGGCCAGACCAUUCCUGACAAGGAGAUUGCUCACAUGAUGAUUGCGCUGCUCAUGGCUGGCCAACACAGCUCUUCCGCUUCCAUCUCAUGGAUUAUGCUCCGUCUGGCUUCUCGCCCAGAUAUCGUUGAGGAACUGCUUGCCGAACAGAAGGCCGUCCUUGGUGCCGACCUGCCAGAGUUGACCUUUGAAGACCUCUCCCGCUUGCCUCUCCACUCUCAAGUCGUCAAGGAGACUCUGCGCCUGCACAGUCCUAUCCACAGCAUCAUGCGUGCUGUCAAAUCGCCCAUGCCCAUCGAAGGCACUCCCUACGUCAUUCCUACUACCCACGUCCUGCUGGCUGCUCCCGGUGUUGCAUCCAAGUGCCCUGAGUAUUUCCCUGAGCCCAUGCUUUGGGAGCCUCACCGAUGGGACGCCGAGGAUAGCAGCAAGUACUCAAAGCUCAAGCCUAUCAUUGCUGCCAAUGCAGACGAUGAUGAGAAGACUGACUACGGCUAUGGUCUGGUCUCCAAGGGUGCCAGCUCGCCGUACCUUCCCUUCGGUGCUGGCAGACAUCGCUGCAUUGGUGAGCAGUUUGCCUACGUGCAGCUGCAAACCAUCCUAGUGACCAUGGUUCAGACCUUCAAGCUCCGCAACCUUGAUGGUCGCAAGGGUGUUGUUGACACUGACUACUCGUCAUUAUUUUCACGCCCCCUUACACCAGCCUCAAUACACUACGAGAGAAGAGUCAACGAGAAGGCAUAGACAAGACUUACGGUUUCAGAUUUGUACAGCUUUGUAAUACUCAGCAUGGUAAUAGAGGUCAACGUUUCGCGGAUAAGCAUUGUGUUAUCUUGGUGUGCGCACAUCUGGUCGCGGCGCCCAACUCAUUGUUAAUUUCACUCACGAUUUUUCAUCCAGCUUUUAUAGUUCUCACCACAUGUGCUCGGUUAUGCCACCGGUGUCAAUAUGGACAGUAUCUAUGUCAUGAGGAGUGUCGUCACUCGUUUACUGGUACGUUCGUUGGCUGUGAAAAAAAGGUUUGCUUGUUGAAGCAGCGCUCGGAUGUAGGCGAGUAGCAAAAUCUUUUGUAAAAUUUGCAACAAUUUCAUUUUCUCUUUCU